UGCCAGUUCGUUGUCGCCGCUGUGUGUUAGGUAACGGGGACAGAGCAUGUAUUUCGGCAAUCACUUACAACUGCCUGUCGCGAGAAAGGACUGCUCUUGUGCGCUUACUCUGUUCGUCGGUCAUUUCACGUGUGGCGCAUCCUCCCGUCGCAUUCGUGAACACGAAGCGCGAAAACAAAGUCGGGUUAUGGACUCCCUGAACAGCGUGUCGCGCUGACGCAUUGAGCGGCAGGCAUGUCUGAGCUAUUAAUGGCUCAGUGAGGGUAAUCAAAGAGGUCUGUACAUAGUAGAACGUGGUGAUGGCUUCAAAGAUGCCGGAAAUGACUUAUUCUUGUGAAAUAUGUGGAGUUGAAGGAUUAAACGAAGAGGAGAUGCGUUCACAUAUGGUGGUGUACCAUUUAGAAGGUGCUGUUUCAUGUCCUUUUUGUGAUCUGGGUGAAGUGUCUGCAGAACAGUUGUUAAUGCACGUAAAUAGUGCCCAUUUGGACUAUUUAACCCCUGAACAAGAAUUGCUUGCAUUCAUUGAUGAUGAAGAUAUUGAUGGUAGGGAUGACUCUUGUGUUCCUUCAAGACCUUUGCCUUGGGAACUUUAUCCUGAACCAGGUACUGACAGUGCCAGUAGCUGCUGGGAAAAUAACAUUAACAACAACAAUAAUAACAAUAAUAAUUACUGUGGUGCAGGAAGGAGUACAGACCCUGAUCCAAGUCACAGCACUUGCACAGUGGCAUCCAGCAGCUCAGUUGCUGGCUCCGGUUCUCCCUUGCGUUCACAGUUAGCUUUAGAUCUACGAGCAAGUGCUUCACCUGGUCCAAACCCUGCUUGUAAAAAGUCCGUCCAACCACAACAGUGCCCCAUGUGUUCUUACACCAGUUUGGAUCCUCUGCAGCUUGAAGAACAUAUCAACAGGCAACAUUUUGAUCUGACGAGCCCAUCAUUCCCACCGGCAACACCACCUGGAUUGGAGGAAUCUGUGUACAGUUGUCCACUUUGUGUACGAACAUUUCAAAACAGUCCAGAUUUAGAACUACAUGUAAACAUUGAACAUAAAGACAUUCUUAGCCCUGCAAAGCCACAGCAACCUGUAAAUAGUGUGGAGAACUGGAGUGAUAGCUGUCCUGUAUGCUGUAUGACUAACUUCAAGAGCAAUCAGGAGAUGGUAGCCCAUAUUGAAGAACAUUUUAAUAAUAAGGGUUUGUCACCUAUUACUCCAGACAUGUCCUGUGAUCGGAUGUUGGCUCGAGAAAUAGAGAAGCGGGAAAGAGAAGUUCGCAGAUUACGUGAGCAACGAGAAUUUGAAAUGUUAAGGGCCCAAUAUGGAAUGGACAAUCAAGGGAACUUCAGAGAACAGAGUCUGACCAACAUGCAGAAAGCUGUGUAUGCGGGAGAAAUGUCUGUUUCUGAUUACUAUGAGAGACAAAUUGAACUUCGUGCAGCAGAAAGUAAUGGGGUUGAUGAUGGUAGCUCUUGCACAAAAGGUCUUGUUCCUAAGAUACGUGGUGUCAGUUCUUCUUCGGCAAAUGUAAUCAGAACAUACAUGUGUACCACUGUUGACCAUUAUGCCUCCACGUAUGGUGAUAAAGGCUGGGGCUGUGGCUACAGAAAUAUGCAGAUGAUGCUGUCUUCAUUGCUGCAUCAUACAGGCUACAAUGAACAGCUGUAUAAGCCUUCUUUAGUUGGGGGUGGUCUAUAUGGGUUAGGUAACCGGUCCUGUGGUCUUGAGAUGCCUAGCCGUAGUGCCAUGCCAUCAAUCUCUCGUUUACAACAACAUAUUGAAUGGGCAUGGAGUCAGGGCUUUGAUCUCCAGGGGAGUGAACAGCUUGGUGGAAAACUCUUCAAUACGCGAAAGUGGAUUGGAGCAACUGAAGUAGUCACAGUUCUUUCUUCCCUUAGGAUACGGUGUCAGCUAGUAGACUUUCAUCGACCAACAAGUGCUGAUGGAAGUCAUCCUGAACUAUUUGGCUGGGUUUUGGAAUACUUUCAAAAGAAUGAAGAAUUCAAACCACCACUCUAUCUUCAGCAUCAAGGCCACAGCCGUACUAUAGUAGGUGUGGAACAGCUGAAAGAUGGAGGAAUAAAUCUCUUAGUGUUUGACCCCAGCCAUACACCACACCAGAUGGCUCAGUUUCAAAACACAUCAACUGCAGUAUCAGGCAUGCGCCUUAUACGGAAAUCCUUAGCUUCAAUGAAAGCUCGCCAGUACCAACUAGUAGCAGUAUGUGGUAUAAUGGAUACGGAACAUGAAUAUCAGCAAAGUAAAAUUCUGCGAUCAGUACGAGUCCCCCAAGAUCGAUGAUAACACCUAUUUUAUUAGGUGGAUAGUAUAGAAGAAAGAAUUUUGGCGUGGCUGGAAGACGACGACCUAGAUGAUGUUGCAGUAGCAUCUGUUAGAGCCGAUGAUACCAAAAGUGACCUAGACAAUGAACACAAUGACCACAUACUGACCACAUACCGAAACAGAACAGUCAUCAGAUGAAGAUGAGGUGGAAAUGUCUUCCAUCCAAGCUUGAGGACAGUUAUUUUACUUAGGCAAAGACAAACAAACAAAGGAAGUUACAAUCCAGGAUGUUCCAUUGUAGGGACAAAAAUCUCAUCAUAUUGUUAUUGGUAAACAAGAGAUAAAAUUUUUGGCAAAGGCGCCAAAGAUAUUGUAGACUGUUCCCUCCUUUUGUAGGUGAAGUAAUGCUGACUGACAUAGUAACGUAAAAGAAUAUUCAUAUUAGAAAAAUCAAGGCUCGAUUUUGAAGAGAGGGGGAUUGUUAAGAGACUGUAUUAUAGAAUUGAAAGUGUUUAUCGGUAUUUUACACGUGACUGGUAUUAAAAAAAAAUUGCUUCAUUUGAGUGUGCAGGACAUGUGGGGCUCCUGAUAUUUUUCGAGCCUUUAUGAGCGCUAUUAGAUUUCUUUUUCUGAUUGUUCGAUGAUAUUCAAACCCACUCAGAGAGGUCUAAGUAUGACAAUCUCACCCCAAUUCAUGAAAUACUUGAUUCAUUUGUUGCAAAGUGUCGAUCAAAUUAUCAGGUAGGAGAAAAUGUAACAAUUCAUGAAAUGUUAGAAGCAUUUCGAGGCCACUGUAAAUUCCAUAUUUACAUAGCAAAUAAACCGGCCAAGAACACAAUCAAGGUGUAUGCUUUAUGUGACUCAAAUUCUUUUUCACAAGUAAUGUAAAAAUAUACCCAGAUAAGCAACCAAAUGGCCCAUACAAGUUCAAUAACACUGGGUCUGCUGUCGUGAGUCAUUUAUAGCAAGAUAUAUUACACUGGCAGAAAUAUAACGACUGAUAAUUAUUUCCCCUCGAUUCCAUUGGCUGACGAAUUGAUGAGCAAACAAACAACUUUAGUUGGUACUCUCAGGAAGAAUAAAAAAGAAAUCCCUCCUUUGUUCCUCGAUACUACAAUAAGACCAACACCCAGCAGUAUCUUUGGUUCUCAUGAGAACAAGGUCCUAUGUACCAAAGAAAAAAAAAGAAAAAAGUUGUGCUUAUGACAAGUACACUCCAUGACAAUGAUCAGAUUGAUCCAACAACUGGGGAACACACAAAACCUGAAAUCAUCACGUAUUAUAAUCGAACAAAACGAGGUGUCGAUGUGGUGGAUUGACUGAAAGAAGAGUAUUCCAUGGCUUGAGUGACAUGUAGAUGGCCACUGAGAUUAUUAUUUUAAUUUUAAAUAUUACUGGCAUAAACAGCCAAAUAAUACAGGGUGUCCCAUUUAUCACCAUAAAUAAUUGUUUGUUCAGAUGCAAAUUACAAAAUGUUUUAAGGAAACAUUCCUUAGCUGUCAUGGGGACAUCAAUCAGCUUGAUUACCUUCGUUACAGCUUUGUUUUUUACAAAGAUACAAACAGUGGUAUGACCUUUUUUAAAUGGCACCCUGCAUUUUUUAUUUGGUAAUUCAUUUCCUCUCCUAAAGACCUAUUCACAAAUGUAUCACAGUGUACCAGUCACUGAAACACAACAAUAUUAAUUACAUAACAUAAUAUUGACAUUGAUGCUCCCAGCGCUAGUGCAGGUACUUGGGGUAAUGGAACACAUCUACAUGCUGACGUUGACAGAGGACAAAUGUAAACAUAUGUAGAUGCACACCCAUCAUUCCGUCAACCACCGUCAGUUGAAGAGUUGUGUGAGUGGAAUGUACAGCAAUGAAGAGAAAGUAGAAAUGCUACUCGUCUAUGGCGAAUGUUAGCAACUUUUAUUGUUGUUGUUGUUGAAGGUAGGCGAAAUGCUACGCAGGCAGCGGAACUGUAAAGAGAGCGGUAACCGCUAAGAACCAGAAUGUUUAUGUGGUAUCAAUAUGAUGGAUGUCCAGCACAUAAUGCCUUGCGUGCACGUCGUGUUCUGAACUGAAGGUAUCCUGCCAGAUGGAUUGGUCGAGGAGGAACAGUUACUUGGCCUGCUAGGUCUCCUGAUUUAAAUCCUCGGGAUUUUUUUCUUUGAGGAUGCAUUAAAGAUGCUGUCCAAUGUGAUAUUGCAACAACACCAGAGGACAUGCAGGAACGUAUCGUGCUUGCUUGUAAUUCUCUUCAGCAGGCAGCACUGGAAGCGGUAAAUAAUUCUUUCAUUCAACGAGUGCACAAGUGUAUCGGUGUCCAGGGUCACCAAUUUUAGCACCUUUGAAUGUUCUACUCCUGGGCAAUGGUGCAGGAGAGCCAAAGUCAAUUUUGUGUUAUGUUUUUACUUGGUUUUCAUCUGUUUUCUGACAUCUCCAGCAAGUGGAUGAGGUUGUGAUCCCGGGCUCAAAGUCAAUAUUGUGUUACAUAAUUAAUAAUGUUGUGUUUCAGUGAAUGGUACACUGUGAUACAAUUUUGAAUAGGUCUUUAGGAGAGGAAACGAAUUAACAAAUGAAAAAUACAGGGUGCCAUUUAAAAAAAAUCAUACUGCUGUUCAUAUCUUUGUAAAAAACAAAGCUACAACGAAGACAGGACAUUUGCUUGAAACAUGUUGUAAUUUGCAUCUCGACAAACAGUUAUUUAGGGUGGUCAAAAUAAAUGGGACACCAUGUAUAUAAAGACAAUACAAAUUUGAUUAUUACCAGGAGACAAAAAUUGAAAACUCUGGCUCUAGAGGAGUACAAUGUGUAGAAGUACAAUGCAAAACCUAUCUCAUCCUCUACACCGUUAUAAAACAAUUUACCAAUGAAACUGAAGUUUCAGAUGCUGAAAAAUCCAGUGGUAUGUGUCAAGUCCAUCAAAGACGCAAAAAUUCGACAACAAAAAAGGCUUGUAUCCAUUGUCAAAUUUUUUUGUGUAUUGAACAUGCUGUAAUAUUAUGUGAUACGUG